AAAUUUUUGAAAUCGAAAAAUGUCUGGCUUGCCGAAAUACAAGCAGCUCCACGCUCUUCAAGACGACGAAGAAUUCAACAAUUUCAUGGUGAAAGUGAAUGAGGUGAAUAGAAUAGUUGGAAAAAUGGCAUCGAAAGAUAAAGCGGAAGCGGAGAUGGGAGACAUCGAAGCGCAACGGUAUUUAAACGAACCCAACGAAGAAAUGAAGAAGAUCAUCGAGAAAAUUGACGAUGGAACGAUCGAGCUGAAAAUUCGCAACGACAGAACGGUGAUUAAUAAGAAGGCAUUCGAGGAAAUUAGCUCAGAUCCCAAUACUAUGUCUCAAGAGGCCUUUAUGAGAGAAGUGGAAAGAGACGCGAAUCAGAGAUACGAAGAAAAAUUGGUACGUAGAGAAAAGAUGGAAACGUUGAAAAAACAGGCAACUCUAGCCUUUAGACGAGGGGAAUAUGAAAAAGCUUUGACCCUAUACAACAAAGCAAUACAACAGAUCAAAGACAGUCCUCUGUUGUACAACAACAGAGCUCUAACGUGCAUUAAACUGAAAUUAUAUGACAAAGCCGAGAACGACUUGGUCGAGUGGGCUCUGCAUUUGAACGAGGAUUCACUCAAAAGUUGGCUGUUGCUGGCGAAGGUUCAUUAUUUACAGAACAAAAUGCAGGAUUAUGAAAAGGACAUCAAAGAAGCGUUGAAUAGGAAUCCCGAGAGGAAGGAAUUUAUCGAAGAUUAUGUCAAUAGUCAAAUCGUAAAUCAAAAUUCAGAAGAAACGAAGAGUUAGAGGUGACGGGAAUAGGUAUUUUUAUAAUCGUACAUUUAGAAAUAUUUUAAAUAAACUAAGAAAAGGUGCUUUCCG